AGCUCUUCAGUGGCUACGGCGACAGGAUGAAUGAGACUAGGAAGCACAAUGUUUUUAUUUACAAAAAAGAACGGAUUUUCGUGAAUAUGCAACUACUGCAUUAAGGUGACUUUGAAGGGAAAUUUUCAAGUAUGGUGUGUUUAAGUGUCUGUUCCCUGUGUUGUUUGUGAGUUAGCAGGAAACGGAAUUUUGAAAGGCAGGAUCAUGGCUACAGAAUUCCUUACACUGGACAUACACUUAAAACUGUGCAAUCUUCCAGACAGUUUGUUGCUUGAAAUCUUUUCGCAUCUAUCUCCGAAAUGUUUGGGACGACUGGCUUGUGUCUGCUCACAUUUUAGAAGGAUUGUUUCUGACGAGCUUUUGUGGAAAAACAUGUUCAUUCGUCAUUUCAAGGUACCACAAUCAGUUCCACUGCUGCCAGGAGCAACGUCAUGGCGUAUUGAGUACCAGCGACUUUGUGACCGAACGCCGGAAGUACUACAUCAAGAACUGCAAGGUCACACAGAUGAAGUGCUGCAUGUUAGCUUCUCACACAAUGGCAGGAUGUUUGCUACUACCUCAAAAGAUAGACAUAUUAUGGUCUGGAAUGUUGGGAAAUCAUGCACGCUUAAGUUCUCACUGAACAUGAGCAUCUUUGGCUGGCAGCGCACUAGGUGCCCCAAAUUCAACAAAUCUGAUACAUUGCUACUGGUGUCUGGACCUACCCUCAGUUCUGGGGAGAUUGCUAUUGUGGACCUUGAAUAUCACUGCGUUCGUGCCACGUUCACAAAUGACCCCUAUUGUGUCAAUGGUGCAUGGUACAAUGACAGCUACUUCUUAUCUGGUGCCUUGAAGGAGGUUGGCCUUUCGUUCAUUUCAUCUGUGAAAAUGAACAAGGUUUCUCAAGAAUCCAACUCAGAAAAUGUGGAUUUGUACCAUUUCAGAAAUUCAGGUGGUAGCUUCAUCUCCAGUUUUAUAAUAACUGAUCUGAACAAUGCCUGUGAUUAUAGAUUUCCUCAGGUUACUUCAGAUGAAGCAAAAAGCUUGGGACAGUUCACACACAGUAGCACCCAUUGUAGAAAUAACUCCAGUGGUAAGAGUGAAGCCAGUGAUUGCUGCAUCAUGGAGUCAGACAUACAAAGAAAGAUAGACACUGUCAAUGGUGGCACAGGUGACAGAAUGAAGAUAGCCUCACCUGAAGACAGGCUGCUUAUUUUCAGCAUGGGUGUAGACAUGCAUGUUCCUCAUGCUGUUGGUAUCAAACUCAUGCAUCUAAAGGAUGUUGAGAUGGCACAGAAUUGUCAGUUCCCUGCAAGGACCGUUGGUGAGGCACCACAACAACUGGAAGGACGAGCUGAGAAGCCAGACGACACCAUUGAUCACGUUAUUGACAUGCAUGGACGCAUCAUAGACAUGGCUCUUUCUCCUGAUCAGAGGUAUUUGUAUGUGAACACUCGUCCAUGGACACAACCCUUGCAGAAAACCAGGAAUGUUCGAAGAUCUUUCACAAUUGCACAGGAAAUCGAGAUCCAUGUCAUUGACCUUUCAACAUUUCUUGAAGUGGGUUUGGUCUUCAGGUCACACAAGGCGCACACUAAGGAGUAUAAUUGUGCCUUCCUGUUUUUGGAUGUCAGCAAGCAUUAUGUGGCUAGCGGGUCUGAUGAUAAACAGGGCUAUUUAUGGGAUCGACAUUAUGGCAUUUGUCUCAACCACUUUCCACAUGACGAUGUUGUCAACACUGUUGCUUUUAACCCAUGUGAUGAAGAAAUGCUGGUCACUGUUGGGGAUGAUCAUAAGAUCAAGGUGUGGUAUUCGCGGCAUAAGAAACGCCAGGUUAAAGGUUAUUGUUAAAGUUGUUUACAUUCUGCUUUUUUUCAUGAAUUACCUGUGAAAAAUGUACAUUUUUAAAAAUCCUAAAGUAUUACAUGAUUAGAGGACAGGAAGAUGGGUACUUAAAUUGCUGUGAGAACUAUUCUAUGAUUUUUGUUUGUUUGGAUAGCUUAGUGUUUUGUUGUUGCAUUUUAAUGUUUAACUUCAUUUUGCCUGAAGCUGGACUGUGGAGAUGCCAAUUACUGUUUAGGGAAGAAGAAUAUUAAGGGGAACUUGUUUUGUUAGCAGGCACUACAGCAGCUCUUGGCAGCAAAAAGAAUUAUGUGUUGCUAAUGCUGAAACAGCAUUCAUAGUGUAGUGUGUCAGACAUGUCCUGCUGGGCAAGUUUAGAAAGCCAAUGGAAUGAAGUAUCUAACACAUCAGUCCACCGAGUUGAUUAGAGAUGCUAGAGCAAUUAAAAAUAUUAUUGACCAGUUAAGACAAACAUGGAAAAUUAUUAAUGAGAAAGAUAUUGACAAUUUUGGAUCCAGUUGUAGGGUAUUGUCCAACUACUUUAAAUGUACAAUACUGAAUUACGUUUGGCAUAAUGCGAGUCUUAAAAUGUAGGUACCUUGAGUAUUACAUCAACCAUGAGGUGUAAACUCUGUUUCUUGAUACAUUUUGAAGUUUGCAAAAAAAAAUAAUAAACCAUAUAUGGAAAGCAA